GCCGGGGCGGUACGGUUGCUGCAGAGGCGCCUUGGACGCCGGGCCGCGUGUGUACUCUCGGGGGCGUGGCGGCGGGAAGAGCCGGGCGGCAGGCGCUGGCGGUCUCCGGGUGGCCGCGCCUCCCCUGGAGCCGGGCUCUGCGGGCACGUGAGUGGGAGCGGAGCGGCGGGGAGAAGCCGACCCGGCCGACGAGGUCCGGCUCGCGGCUGAAGGACCUCCUCAUCUCCACAGGCCCUGGAAGUUCAAGCCUCGGAGGCCAUGGAUACCUCGACGCCUUUGCCUCCCGUUGCCCCCUCCCCGGCCUGCAACCCAGCCCCACGGACGAUCCAGAUCGAGUUCCCUCAGCAUAGCUCGUUACUCCUGGAGGCCCUGAACCGCCACAGGCUGGAGGGAAAGUUCUGUGACGUGUCCCUCCUGGUGCAGGGCCGCGAACUUAGGGCCCACAAAGCGGUGUUGGCUGCCGCCUCUCCUUACUUCCACGACAAACUUCUUCUGGGGGAUGCACCACGUCUCACCCUGCCCAGCGUCAUCGAAGCCGACGCCUUCGAGGGGCUGCUCCAGCUCAUUUAUUCCGGACACCUCCGUCUGCCACUGGAUGCUCUCCCUGCCCACCUCCUUGUGGCCAGUGGUCUCCAGAUGUGGCAAGUGGUAGAUCAGUGCUCAGAGAUCCUUAGAGAACUAGAAAACUCAGGUGGUGGGAUUUCAACUCGGGGAGCGACCCCUUUCCACACACUUCUUUCCACCACAUCCUCUCCAGGAGGCUGGUGCAUCCGCUCUUCCCCUUUCCAGACUGUGGCGCAGUCUUCUGCUUCUACCCAGAGCCCCGUUGGAGGGGAGGGGAGUGAACUGGGAGAUAUGUUACAGCUUCAAGUUGAAGAAGAGGAGGAGGAGGAGGAGGAGGAAGAAGAAGAUGAGGAGGACCAGGGGUCAACAGCACCCCCUCAGACGCCUCAGCCUCAGAGAGGGUCAGGGGGUUUUCCCCGCCCUCCUGUAUCCCACACCCUGCCCACAUCCACUACUCCUUGCAGGCUUCCAGAGGGCGAGAGUGCUCCACCUGAGCCUCCUGCCCCUCAUACUGCACUGCCUCCCAAAAUCUUCUACAUUAAGCAGGAACCCUUUGAGCCCAAGGAGGAGAUAUCAGGAGGUGGAACUCAGUCUGGAGGAACAAAGGAGGAGACCAAAGUGUUUCUAGGAGGGGACACUGAAGAGAAUGGAGAGCUAGGGUUCUUGCUGCCCUCAGGAGCAGGGCCAACAUCUGGAGGAGGUGGUCCAUCCUGGAAACCAGUGGAUCUUCAUGGGAAUGAAAUCCUGUCAGGGGGUGGGGGACCUGGGGGAGCAGGGCAAGCUGUGCAUGGGCCUGUGAAGCUAGGCGGGGCACCCCCUGCAGAUGGAAAACGCUUUGGUUGUUUGUGUGGGAAGCGGUUUGCAGUGAAGCCAAAGCGUGACCGGCACAUCAUGCUGACUUUCAGCCUUCGGCCCUUUGGCUGUGGCAUCUGCAACAAGCGCUUCAAGCUGAAGCACCAUCUAACAGAGCAUAUGAAGACCCACGCUGGAGCCCUGCAUGCCUGUCCUCACUGUGGCCGCCGGUUCCGAGUCCAUGCCUGUUUCCUUCGCCACCGGGACCUGUGCAAGGGCCAGGGCUGGGCCACUGCUCACUGGACUUACAAGUGACUACUGAGGCCAUACACUAACUUCCAGGACAAGGGAGCCACUGCUGCUGUUGGAUACUUACCCCUCACUACCAUGGCACCCGAAUCCUGUAUCUUGUUAAUUAUGCCAAGAGGAUAGCUAUAUUAUGGACCUCUUGUUUUUGGGUGUGGGCUUCAACCUGACCGAUUUGGAAACUCUGAUUUCUCAUCUCACUCCAGGUUUUGGCUAACUACCCUACAGGAAAGUGGUUUACAGGCCAUAUAUAAAUCGAUCAGUUGCCCAUAAUAGAUAUUCUUUUCAUACAGGAAACUGGAAUUCAGAUUAGAAGUUUAUUUGAUGAGAGAGGAGUUAGCAAGAAAAAUUAUGAUAAAUAUUUCAUUCAGUCUCUGUGAGUAGUUAAGGGAGCUGGUCUCCAUCUAGAGAUAUGUUUGAUUCAGAGUUCUAGUAAUCUGGAGACUAAGCUCUAAGCUUUACUCUCCCUCAUCAUUGCUGAAAUUAUGUGAGUAGAGGUCUUCUUAUAUACUUUUGUUAAAAUUUUCCAGAAUCCCUUCAGAUUAUAAAUUGCUUUCUCACUAAUAGGUAAUUUUGCAACACCUUUUUUUUUGUAUGCUGUAGUUGAGCACUUUAACAGAUUGAGCAUUCCAUGUGUCACUUAGACCCCUCUUUAAUAGAGGAUCUUAGUUCCCGGACCAGGGGUCUAACCUACGCCCCCUGCAGUGGAAGCGCGGAGUCUUAACCACUGGACUGCCCGGGAAGUCUCUCUUGUCUACCUUUGACCACCACUGAUCAUCCAUAUUGAUCACACUGACUGGAAUGUGACCAGUGAACUCAGGAGAUGGCCACUGACCUAAAAUACGCUCAGGGUAGCACCACCGCUCUGAAGAAGUGGCUAUGGUCAGAGGGACUCAGGGCUGAGACGGCACAUGCUGAAAACUAGAGAAAUAACUGCACAGUGGGACCUCACCCCCUCCCUUUCCAUCCCUACCCACACUUGACAGCCCCUUGGUCGACACAUAGAAGGAUAGAUGUUGGAAUGGGGAGAUUGUCAUAAGUUUCUUAAUUUCUUCAAAUAAACUUUGCCGUGAAAGCUAAGCUGACAGUGGACUGAAUUGAGUCAUUUAUAUGGGAGAGACGAUGUGAGAACAGAGUUGCAAAGACUUGGACGUAUUCCUUAUGCGGCUGGGUUAUGUUGAUGGGGGAAGAAUCAGAUAGUCUCACACUGCUGCAGAGAACACUGUCCUGGAUGUCAGUGGGCCAGAUUCUCAGCCCUGAUCUGCCCCUGAAUAACUUCUGGUAAGUUGCCUUAUUUUUCAGAGUCCGAACUGUUUUGUUUAUUUUAUUUUUUAUUUUAAAAUUUUUUUUUGGUGGGGUGGGUGGUAUGUACCUCCUAACUGGUUCUCUGUCUUCUUUUUUUUAAGGGGUUGGUCACAUGAUCUUUACCUAUAAUAUUCCCUGACUUCAUGUAUUAAUGUUUAUUGUUUGGUUUGUUCUACAUUUAUUGCAAAGCACUGUACUAGACCCUGACUUAUACUCUACCCUCAGAGAGUUCACAGCUACUACCAAAGCUAGACAUAAUGACAAUGUGGUAUGGUAAGUCCAUGAUGGGAGACAGUACAAGCUACUGUAGUGGCACAAAGGAAGCUGAGUAAAGACCUGUGAUGGGUCACCAGAGGUUUCACAAAGAACUCCAUUGCCAGAGUGUGGCAGUGGGUGUGGGUGGCUGAAUUGAUGUGGAAAUGGUGAACAUGAGUUGAAGUCACAACUAUAGAGCCAGGAGUGACAGCCUUUGCCAAAGCACGUUCCUCAAAAGUUAAUAGGUAUGGAACCUAAAGGGGCUAAGAAAUAUGACUUUAUGGCUGAGAAGGUGAGUUGUAGCUGGGAUCUGUCAGCCUUUCUAAAGAGCCUUGCCAUGAUACCAUCCCCACUGUAAGGACUGUGACCACAUUGGAUAAGGGGCCAGGGAUGGAGGCUGCCAACCUUGGAUCUACUACCAUCCCACCCACCUGUCAUUCUUUUGGCACACGUUCUGUAGCUGACUAUAUCUGUUGGCCAGGAUCCUUGGGUUGCAAGCAAUGGAAAGUGGCUCUGACUAACCUUAUCAACACAGGAAUCUGAAGGAUGUGGGGUGGCUCCUGGAAUGGAAGGAAGGGCUAAAAGACCAGCCUUUGGAAGGACAAGACCUGGGUCAGCUCCAGGGGUUCAGGGAGCAGGAACUGGGGAAUUUUUCUGGUCAUGUGUUUUGGGAUGAUGACCCAGUCAAUCUUAUUUCUUCUGUCACUCAUCUCAAGAUAAAAUUUCCCAGGAGAGAACUCUGGGCCUCAGGGCCAUCCUCUGACCAGAGCACCUUGAUCAUAUGUUCCAUUGAGGCAACAAAUCCUGGAAUCCUCAAGGGAAAUUGAACUUCUGGGACAGAAGAGUGGGGAAUGGGUGCUGGCCAGCCCACAAGAACAGAGGCCCACCCCUACAAUCUCCAUAUGUUGCCCAUCUUGGGAUCCGUAAAGCCUCAGAUAUACCUGGCACUGAAUAGGUGUCCAAACUUAGGGCAGAAUUGCUUCCUCCCUCUCCUUAAUCCCCAUAGCACUUUACUACUUCUGUAAAGCCAAUUAAGACACCAUGUUAGAAGUUUGGGUUUUCUUUCCAAGUUAUAGGAUUAUAGGGAGAUUGAGUUCCAUGAUGAAAGAUUUUGUUUUAAACAAACUUAAACGUGCACCUCUCUGCUUCUGUCCUUUCCUCCUUAUAGUGGAAGAGAUGUCCCUUCUAAUGUCCAAGGCUAGACCCCUUCCCAGAGCCUUUGCUCUUUUAAUUAUCCUUUCUGUGCUA